UUGGUGGUGAGGACAUGGUCACAGCCGUGCAGUUUUUGAUCUCGAAGCUGCUUUCGCCGCUCUGGAGGAGAGUAGAGGAUGAAGAUGAAGAAGAUGGACUUUAUUAUGGUGGAGGUAAAGUUCGUCAAGUGCGGGGUGGUGUUGUGACCCAGCUGUGUCAGGAUUAUGGGCUGAUUGAUCAUUCUGUGUACUUCACGGCUGGGGAGGUACUGGGAGGAGUGCCACUGUGUGUGGGUGACCCUGUCCACGCCCUGGCUGUUCGAGAUGGAGCCCAUGAAGGGUGGAGGGCACUAAGAGUGGAGAGGCAGAUGGAUACAUGGGAGGGCGGUGGCAGGGUGUCACUUGACCUAGAUACCAAUAAGCUCAGGCCUCUGAUUGGAACAGUAUCAUCAUGUGAUAAAGAUGGUGGAUUUAUAAAUCAGACAACAUAUUUUCCUCGGUCAGCCCUGUGUCAAGGUUUUGAGCCUAUGAAAGGAGACUGGGUGCAGGCACAGUACUUUAUUAGCCCCACAGAGUGGAGCAGUCAGGCUCGGACUGUUGCCCCAUUGCGAUACCAACGCAUGGACCAAGUGUGUGUGUCGGGUGUUUUUGGCAGUAGUGGAGUUGUGCAAGACUCUGUAUUUUUUUGUCUCGACUCUUUGCUCUUGCCUGCUGGGUACCGACCCACACCAGGAGAUGUAGUGAGUGUUGUGGUUGUGGAGAGCAGCCAGUCCUUCUACUGCUGGAGAGCACUCUGCAUGGCCCCGAUUAAACACAGCCUGAAUGCAUCAGUGCCUAUCUUGCCAGAGGCCGAGAUCCAGAUCUUGCUGCAGAAUAAGGGAGGGCUGGUGGUCAGUGAGGAAACCCAAUUUGGAUCUCUGUUAAUGGGACAGGCUAAGGAGCUGCUCAUCUGCAUUCACAAUAAUGGCUCAGAGACCCACACACUGAAGUUCUGUGAAUUUGCUGGCUGGGACUCUGAGGAACAGUUUGCUUUCGGCCGCAUACUUUCCCCUGCCACCCCCAGCAUUCCCCUCAAACCUAAAAAUCAUGAAGCCAUCUUGCAGAAAAAUCCCUUUGUACCCUCCUUCCGUGCCUCAAGCAGAGGACUUGUAGGGGGGUAUGGCCUCUAUCCUCUACCCGGUCCUUCCCAUGGGACUGUGGAGGAAAAGGCGGAAGGCAAUGAAACUGAUAGUGAGAUAGAUAAAGAUGGAGAGCUUGAAGAUGAUGGGGAAAAAGACUCUGAAAAAACACCAGCUCUGCUGUCAGUGGAGAGGAAUCUGAAGAUUGUACCAGGAGAGAAGGUGUCUGUCACUGUGAGCUGCCAUGCUAAGAACCUUGGUCGCUGUGCGGAGCUGCUGUUGCUACACUUCUCGUCCUUCACCAUCGGGCGGCGCCUGGAAGUGUCUGUAAGCAGCACUGAGGAGAGCCUACUGAAACCCAGUGCCCCCUACUGCCCAGCAAUGCCAGUAACUCAACCUCAAAAACAUGCUCAGGUGAUCACAGUCAUGGCUCCUGCACCUCCAAUCAGGCUGGCGAGACGACGUCUGCCCAACUUCCUGGGGAACUACCCGGUGCCACAGGCUCUAAGGGAAUGUGUGGAGGCCCAGAAUGAUGUGCUUGUGGUUCAGCCUGCUCUUGGAGAGCCACUGUGUUUGUCCUCCAUGAUUACUCGUUUCUCAGCCUUGCUGUGGCUGGAGGAGCUGCAGGCAGAGAAAGAGCUCAAAGAGUUCAUUAUUAAUGGUGCCUUGCUCAGGAAGGGAGCAGUGUACCUGCACCUAGAGGUGCCUGGGCUCAGCGAGGGAAGGCCGAACCUCUUCAUAGGAGACAGAGUUGUUCUGAAGAAGCCAUGCAGUGGAGGGUGUGUUGUUGAGUAUAUCGGCUAUGUCACUGAGAUCAGCGAGGAGGAUGUAAGUUUGCGAGUAAACUCUGAGUUUCAGAAGAGCUACCUGGGGGAGCCCCUGGACGUGGAGUUUACAUUUAACAGGGUGCCCAUAAGGAGGUGCCACUGCGCUCUGGAACAGACCAAGCACUUUGGAGAGAAUGUGCUUUUCCCCAGAGUGUUGCAGCUGCAAAGUCCCAUAUGGACUGGAGAAUGGGAACCUGAACAGCCGCAAGUAAAGAAUGAAGGUGAAUCUCGCCAAACAGCAUGUGGGGGUGGGCAAAAGCUGUCCUCUCUGACUAUGGACAUGGUGUCUGUGGCCACACAAACAAAAACAGAUUUGCAUAUGACUGCUAAGCCAAUCCCAAACUCAGGCCAGUUCUUUAACUGUAACCUUAACCCCGCCCAGAAGGAGGCAGUCAAGUGUAUUCUCAGUGGAGACUGUCGCCCAACCCCAUAUGUGCUGUUUGGUCCUCCAGGCACAGGCAAAACAGUCACACUCAUUGAGGCUAUACUGCAGGUGUACCACCGUGUGUCAGGGAGUCGUCUUCUGGUGUGCACUCCAUCCAACAGUGCUGCAGACCUCAUCUGCAUCCGUCUGCACGAGAGUGGCUACCUUCAUGCUGCCAGUCUAGCACGUGUCAAUGCCACCUGCAGACAGGAGGAGUCUAUCCCGGAUGUUUUGCGGCAGUACUCUCGAGCCGGAGAGGACGUACGUCACGCCUCUUUUCAUCGUGUUGUGGUCAGCACUUGCUCCAGUGCUGGCAUGUUUUACCAGAUCGGUCUGCGUGUUGGCCAUUUCACCCAUGUAUUCCUGGAUGAAGCUGGUCAAGCUACUGAGCCUGAAUCUCUGAUUCCCCUAGGCCUGCUGUCUGAGAAGACAGGCCAGGUAGUCUUGGCUGGAGACCCUAAGCAACUGGGUCCGAUAGUGAAGUCUAAAUUAGCUGAAGCGUUUGGACUAGGAGUGUCUCUGCUGGAGAGACUAAUGUCUACCCCACUCUAUUCUUGCGGUGACGAGGGCUACAACCCAUUAUUGGUGACUAAGUUGGUGUACAACUACCGUUCCCAUGAGGUCUUGCUGUCUCUGCCGUCUCGGCUCUUUUACGGAGGGGAGUUGUGUGUACGCUCACAGAGAGCUGUGGUGGACUCUCUGUGCCAUUGGAGCCGCCUUCCCACCAAGGGCUUUCCUCUCAUGUUCCAUGGAGUCAGGGGUACAGAGAUGAGGGAAGGCAAUAAUCCUUCCUGGUUUAACCCUGGAGAAGCAGUGCAGGUCAUGCUUUACUGCUGCCAGCUGGCAAAAAGACUCUACAAUCCCAUACCAGCUACUGACAUUGGCAUCAUUGCCCCUUACAAAAAACAGGUAGAGAAGAUCAGAGUGCUGUUGCAAAGGGUAGGGCUUGCUGACAUUAAGGUGGGCUCAGUCGAGGAGUUCCAAGGACAGGAGUUUCUUGUGAUCAUCUUGUCCACGGUACGAUCGAAUGAGGAUCUUCCAAGUGAUGAUCUGCAGAGUGCUCUGGGAUUUCUCUCCAACCCUAAACGCUUCAAUGUGGCUAUCACUCGGCCCAAAGCUCUUCUCAUCCUCAUCGGCAACCCACAUGUCCUGAUUAAGGAUCCUUGUUUCCAUGCACUGCUGCAGUACACAUAUGAGAAUGGGGCUUUCCUUGGCUGUGACCCUCCUGUCUCCCUCAGAGUUUCCCAUAGAACUGCCUCUAAAAAGGAAGAAUAGAGACGUGAGAAGAAAUCUGGAUGUAUCGAUA